AUGGCGGCACUUCGUAGAAAAUUUGGCGAGGACUACCAGGUGGUGAACACGAACAGGGCCACCACUUUCACUGCUCCGGUCAAGAAGAAACGGCAGCGCUUCGUGGAGAAGAACGGCCGCUGUAACGUGCAGCACGGAAACCUCGGCGGCGAGACCAGCAGGUACCUCUCUGACCUCUUCACCACUCUGGUGGACCUGAAGUGGAGAUGGAACCUGCUCAUCUUCAUCCUCACCUACACCAUCGCAUGGCUGGUCAUGGCAUCUAUGUGGUGGAUAAUCGCGUACAUCAGGGGGGACCUAAAUCACGGCCACGACUCGUCCUACACCCCCUGCGUGGCAAAUGUUUACAACUUCCCCUCAGCUUUCCUCUUCUUCAUCGAGACCGAGGCCACCAUCGGCUACGGCUACCGGUACAUCACGGAGAAGUGUCCGGAAGGCAUUAUCCUCUUCUUGUUCCAGUCGCUGCUGGGCUCCAUCGUGGACGCGUUUCUCAUCGGCUGCAUGUUCAUUAAAAUGUCCCAACCCAAGAAGCGCGCAGAGACGCUCAUGUUCAGCCAGGACGCGGUGAUUUCUCAGCGAGACGGCAAACUGUGCCUCAUGUUCCGUGUGGGAAACCUGCGGAACAGCCACAUGGUGUCCGCACAGAUCAGGUGCAAGCUCAUAAAGUCUCGUCAGACACCUGAAGGCGAAUUCUUGCCUCUGGACCAGUGUGAGCUGGAUGUUGGUUUUGGGACGGGAGCCGAUCAGCUCUUCCUGGUUUCCCCUCUCACCAUCUGCCAUGAAAUUAAUCCCAAGAGCCCCUUCUUCGACCUCUCCCAGCGCUCCCUCAUGAACGAGCAGUUUGAGAUUGUGGUCAUCCUCGAGGGCAUCGUGGAGACUACAGGGAUGACAUGCCAGGCACGGACGUCUUACACCGAGGACGAGGUCUUGUGGGGUCACCGCUUCCUGCCGGUGAUGUCCCUGGAGGAAGGCUUCUUCAGGGUGGAUUACUCUCAGUUCCACAGUACAUUCGAGGUACCGACGCCACCGUACAGCGUCAAGGAGCACGAAGAGAAGAAUUCACUCCCGUCGCCGUUAUCUACUCCAACACCAGCACUGACUGAGAGCCACGGCGCCCGACGCAACCGGGUGUUUUCCGUGGACUGCAUCAAUACCACAGAGGAACGGGGUCGCCAAGGAGGGGCCGGGGGUCGGCUGCCGAGCAAACUGCAGAGGAUGAGCUCGUCGGGGAAGGAGGACCUGCAGAGGAAGGUGCUGCUGCUCAGCUCGCAGCACUCGGAGAAGGCCUGCAGCACCGGAGAUCUGCCGCUGAAGCUGCAGCGCCUCACGUCCUCGCCCGGCCCGGAGACGGAGACCCGACUGCAGCUCAAGUCCUUCAAGGUGGGCUUCGACCCCAUGACCCAGUCCACCGGGAACCUGUACCAGCAGAGCCUGCAGCCAACGCUGUCCCCGGCCCCGGUCCCCAUGCACAGCCCUCUUCUUUCAACCGGAAGGAGGCCGGAGGACAAUCUGCCAGCAAAGCUACGAAAGAUGAACGCUGACCGCUGAAGCCCAGAACCACAAAACCAAACUUUCCCUCCAACCGGAGACACACAGGAGGAGACAUGCAUGGAGGUGGACUUUACCUUGGGAAGCCAAAGCAGACGGUUCACUGGCAAUUUAUUGAUUUGUUUUUUCCUCGAGACUUUACUGGAAUUACUGUGAUUUUUUUGUGUUUCAUAGCAGAGGCGUUCAUGCAGGCUUUGUUACACACAAAAACGACGAGAAAACUUCAUGCUUAAAGCAAUCUUGAUCAUUCUGCAAGAGGUGUGCAUGUAUACACUAAAUCCAUUGUUUAAUGUAUGCGCCACAACACUUAAUAGUCAAUCUUAGUUUUAUCUAAAUAUAAAUUAUAUUAAGAUUACAAUAAAUGCUGUUUGAUCUUUC